UAUUAAGAAGGGUGACGUCUUUCAAAUUAUGUCAGUUAUUAUACCAGGGGUCAAUUGCAUCGAAACAGAGACUUCCGAAGACGAAUCAGUUGAAGAAAAUUCCAUCCCAGAUGUUGAUCCCACCGAAGCGGCUACAGUUGAAGAUGAAACAGAUCAGGGAUCUGUUUAUACUGUAGAUGUAACGAGAAACAAUAUAAUGUAUUCUUUAAAUGACUUUGUAAGAGUAGGAGCUGUAAAUACUGAUGCGCCGAUUACGUAUUAUAAGACAAUGGAACCUGGCUAUGACCUUAAAAUAUAUCAAGCCAAAUUAGAAGUUGAUGGAACUUCUAUCUAUGAUUCAAAGUCUAGUGGAAAAAUGACAGGUGUGUGCGAUCAUUCGUAUCCUGAGGGAAGUGUUGAAGCGAAUAUUUGGAAAAUUAUAAAUUUAUCUAUUAUGAAUGGCCAAGAAUGCCCUAUUCCAAAGGGUGAAAAUUAUACUGUACCUCGUGAUCUGCAUUCAGUAUCUCUUAAUUUUGAUGAACCAAUAGCGUGUGGUGAUUAUAAAUUGCAUGCAGAUUUUGAUACUCCGGAGAACAAAUGGGCUUUUGCAACUGAUUACAUGUGGAAAAUUAAAAAGGACUCAACGGAUUGUACAGAUGACGUGAAAUAAUUAUUUUUAACAAUGUUUACUUCUAUAAAAGGCCGCGCGAAAAAGGUUUGAAUUUAAUUUAAAAUUUCUACUAAAUUUAAAGUGUCACAUCAAUUUGAAAUUUUUUACAAAUUAAAAACCGAC